AAUUACUUUUUAAAUUGUUCCAGGAUACAUAAUUAAUAAACUUACAAUGUCGAACGGUUGUGACGUAAUAUUCCCUCGAUCUCCGUUAAGUUCGAGAAAGAUGAAUCGAUCAACUUCGUUUCGUAUCGAUGAUCUGUUGAGAGGAAAAGCUACAUUUAAACAAGAACAUCCGGAGAUGAAGUUGGAAAGAGAUCAUUUCUCACCCUCCCCGAGUCCAUCAACUCCCCCCGAUAUUUCCCCAUCAUUUGGGAUGCAAGGGAUCAUCCCAAGAAGCAUCCAGGAGCAUCUACAUCAGAGAUCCUUGGCUCCCCGCAUCCCCUACACGUUAUCACCUUUCAUGAACUUCGGGAUGAACUUUAUGCCACAAAAUACUGGUUAUUUACUUAACAGAGCAGCUGCCGAUAUGAUGAGCUUAUAUCCUUCUGUGCCCCUUGCAACAAACUCCUUGUACAACCAACUUUUACUAAGAGACCGAUUCCUUCAAUUUGCCGAACAAUCCGGUAGCUCGAGAAAAUGUCGCAGAAGCCGAACCGUAUUCACCGAAUCUCAAUUAAUUUCGCUUGAGAAGCGUUUUGAGCGACAAAAAUAUCUUUCCACCCCCGAUCGGAUGGAGUUAGCCGAUGCUUUGGGCCUCACGCAACUACAAGUAAAAACUUGGUAUCAGAAUCGGAGAAUGAAAUGGAAGAAACAGGUGCAACAAAGUGAGUCUUCCACGGAUUCCGAGCACGACCAUCUUUCCCCGGAUUCCACAAGACCGUACAACCAGCUUCAUAGACCUAGCGCAGACAUCGGGACUUCCAGAAACGCCAACGGCGAUUCAACUCCCGAAACCCGGCGGAAAUUCGAAACUAAUCCAGAGGUCUUGAGUACCGAGUAUUUGCGCAAUCCAAGCACAGAAAAUGAAAGCAGGGGAUCAUCAACGUGAAUCCCAAUGUACAUACAAUAACAAGUUAUUCUAGCUUUACGUGUGAUUUAAAUAUCCCCCAAAACUGUGUUUUAUACAGACUUUGGGUUGAUUUAUUUUUCUUGCUGGCAAGUUUCAUUACUAUAUCACCACCGAAUGUGGGAUUCGAACCAAGUGCCUUCGUGUUUCGAUCUAAGACUUUUCUGUGACAAUUCAUCAACUGUUUCCUCAUUAAUGCGUCGAAUUGAGAUGUAAUAAAACAUUGACAAACCAAA